AUGUCUUACAUCGAAGUCACAGUCAACGACCGGCUGGGCAAAAAGUGUCGUGUCAAAUGUCUACCUAGCGAUACCAUUGGCGAACUCAAGAUGCUGGCGGCGGCCAUGCUUGGAACACGGCCGGACCGCCUCAAAUUUCAGAAGCAACACGUCGUGCUCAAAGACCACAUCACCCUGGAUGACUACGAGAUUCACGACGGCAUGAACAUAGAGCUGUACUAUAUAUAG